UUGGUCGAAUCCGUCGAAGGGUCCGCCCACAUCCCCGGGCGGUGCUCCAGGCGCCGCGCCCCACAGCGCUGGCCUCCGUGCCGACCACCGAGAAAUGAGCGCAAGCGCGGGGGGUCCCUGCCAGAGGUCUGGGGAGAGGGGAGAGCAGUUGGAGGAGGAGGCAGCGGCCGCUGGGCGUCUAGCAGGGGCCCCGGAGGCCGAGGAGUGUCCGGACGUUGAUUCAGACUCCGACCGGGAGAUGGAAGGCAUCCAGGGGCCUGGAGAACUGCUCAAGGACACCCUCUACCUAAGGUCCUGCCAAGCCCAUAGUGUUGUGCCUGCCUCCCGCUUUCUGCACCUAGGGAGCACCCCAGAGCUGAACCUGCGGCACCGUGGCCUGGGGCCUCAGGGUGCCCAGGCUUUGGCUUCAGCAUUGACCUCCAAUCCCUAUGUCAAGCGACUGGACCUUCGAGACAAUGGGCUCUGUGGGGCUGGUGUGGAGGCCCUGGCAGGUGCCCUGAGCAAAAGCAGCAGUAUCUGUGAUGUGGACCUGUCGGACAACCAGAUGGGAGUGGUGGGAGCUCAAGCAGUCUGUGCUGCCCUCAUGGUGAAUCCAACCAUGCAGAAGGUACAGCUGGCAGGGAAUGGCCUGGAGGAGCAUGCAGCCCAGUACCUUGCUGAACUCCUGCUGGCCCACACAGGCCUGAAAUCGCUGGACCUAAGCUAUAACCAGCUGAAUGACCAAGCAGGGGAGAUGCUCGGGCCGGCCCUGGCAGAAAAUACAGGACUCACUGAGCUUAAUAUAAGCUGGAAUCACCUUCGAGGACCAGGAGCUGUGGCCUUUGCCAGGGGACUGGAGGCAAACAUCUUCCUCAGAGUCCUGGACAUCUCAUACAAUGGCUUUGGAGAUCCUGGAGCAUCCGCGGUGGGUGAGGCACUUAAGACCAACAAUGUGUUGGAGGAACUCAACAUGAGCAACAACCGCAUCUCUGCAGUGGGAGCCUUGAGCCUGGGCCUGGGCCUCCGGGUCAACCAGACACUGAGGAUUCUUGUUAUCUCCAGGAAUCCCAUACGAGGUGAAGGCUGCUUUGGAGUUCUGAAGUCCAUCCGGGAUAAUCCAAUGUCUGCCCUAGAACUUCUGGAUUUCUCUGAUAUCCAAGUGGACAGAGAGUUUGAUGACUUCACUAGCUCCGUGAAGGAAGUUCUUCCAGCACUCCAUGUAAAGACUGCUGCCCACGGACUGGAGUACAAAAAAGAGUUGCCACCAGUCUUCGCCCUGUCCCUAUCAGCAUCUGCCCCUAAGUGACUGUGGUAUGUGGCUUCCUCAUACAUACAUACAUUCCUCUCACAUUGGCCACUUCAACUUCAAUGCUGGGGGUCCUUGGCUUCACGAUACCUUAUUACCACUUGAGUCUGCAGUGAGCCCCCUAUCUUCACAAUGACUCAGACACCUGUAUUCUCCUUUCCAUCCAAUGGCCUCUGUCAGUGCAGAGACUGGGUCUUCCUUUGGUCACACCAAUUUGUGUAACAUGAACUUGUGCCAUGUGCUACACAUUGAGCUGGGUAUGGGGUCAAAGAUGUCCAAAGUCCCUGCCUUGGUGACCUCGGGAGACAAUGAAAGUACAAACUGAACUUGCCAGAAUGCAAACAGACGCAACUUUUUUGGAAGGCAAUUUGUCAUUAUACACCAAGAGCCUUAAAACUGCUUGUGCUCUUUGAUUCAAUGGUCUGAUUAAUCUGCUCUGCAGAAGUAGCCAGAGCUGCAUAAAAAGAUUGAUGCCCAAAGGUGUUCACUGAAAUACUAUUUAUAAUAUUUCAGUUGGAAAUGAUCUAAAUGCCCAGGAACAGGGAAUUGGCUAAGAUUUGGAAGUCUGCAAACAUUAAAAGCCAAGUGUUCAAAGAAUAUUUAACAAGUUAUGAAAAUGUACAUGGUUAAUGUUAAGUGAGAAAAUCAGGAUAAAAAAUCAUGUGGUUUGUCUGAUAGUUCCUUAAAAUACCUAAUAUGUAGUUUAUCAUAGGCCCAGCAAUUCCAAUCACAGAGAAAUGAAAACAUAUAUUUACACAAAAACUUGCACACAGAUGUCCACAGAGACUUUGUUCAUAAUAUCUACAAGGUAUAAAUGUCAUCAACUGAUGAAUGGAUAAAUAAAAUAUGGUAUACACAUACAAUGGAAUAUUAUUUGCCCACAAAAAGGAAUGAAAUUUAGGUUGAUAAAAAUGUUCUGG